UACUCCAAAUAUGGAUCCAGACUCAAAUUUUGGACGAAUCAUCCUCCUCUGCUCUUGAAUAAACAGCCCUGACCUUCCAUUCCAUCCAUUGUGAAUCAACUAGCAUUUGCAUCAAACCAUGAAAUUCCGAUACGCCAUGGUUUGUUCAUCCAACCAGAACCGUAGCAUGGAGGCCCACUCCCUCCUCAAGAAGCAGGGUUUCGAUGUUUCCUCCUACGGAACCGGGGCUCACGUCAAACUCCCUGGUCCUUCUCUCAGAGAACCCAACGUUUACGAGUUUGGGACCCCUUACAAGCACAUGUUCGACGACCUCCGCCGCAAAGACCCAGAGCUGUAUAAGCGGAAUGGGAUAUUGCCGAUGCUUAAAAGAAACUUGAGUGUCAAAUUGGCGCCCCAGCGUUGGCAAGACAAUGCUGCUGAUGGUUGUUUUGACAUUGUUUUCACUUUUGAAGAGAAGGUUUUUGAUAUGGUUCUUGAAGAUCUGCACAACCGGGAUCAAGUUCUCCUGAAAAGUGUGCUGGUGAUCAACUUAGAGGUUAAAGAUAAUCACGAGGAAGCAGCCAUAGGAGCUCGUAUUGCUUUAGAUCUAUGUGAACAGAUCGAAGCUGUUGAGUCAUGGGAGGAUUCGAUUGAUGAUAUUAUGGUUUCUUUCGAGAAUAAGCACCGUAGGAAGCUGUUGUAUAGUAUCUCUUUCUACUGAAGGAUUAGUUUCUGAGCAUGAUGGAAUAAGACUACUUCCUUUUUAGAUGAAACUACCGGGAUUGUGAUUCUGUUUUGAUACCUUUUAUUACAUGUAGUUUUGCAUGUAAUAGUUGUGAUUUUCUGGUGGCGUGAGGUAUUAGGAGAGUCGGGGAUCACAAUUUAUAAAGACAGGGCUAUUUCCGUCGUCUAUAGAGCAUGACACUGACACUCUUCUAAUCAAAUGAGACCUCAUCAACAAGUCCACGGGGCUAUUUCCAUGGUCUAAAGAGCGUGAUACUCUUGUAAUCAAAUGAGACAUCAUCAGCAAGCCCACUUCAAUCAAGCAUGAUGAACCAUAAUUACUUUGAAUGUAACACCCCUCCCUGUGAUUGGUAUUUUAUCAUUUUGUUCAAUAUUUUUUUAUAGUUAUUGAGAGUCUUUUCUGUCUCGAUGACAAUCUGGUUUUCGGUCAGAAUCUAGGAUUGGCUCUAUGCUUCUUGCUAAAGCUGAUUUCCUUGCUAGAGGUCAUACGGUUUGUGUAGGGAUUGUUUGUGGAGUUGUUCUUGUGACCCUAAGUUUAUGUAGGUUAUGUAUAUGAGGACAAAAUAGCAAUGUAAGAGGGAAAACCAAAUCAAGCGAUGGUAACCCUAAAAAGUGUCUUGCAUAAUUAGAAAAUCCUAAACAGUCGCUGCCAAUGUAAUUUGGACUAGGUGUGAGGAUUGGAUAAGAGUAUAUAUCUAACAUGGGUAUGAUCAAACUUUUUAGACUUAUAUACAUGCACAUUUGGAGA